UGGCAGAAGCGCCUUUUUGACUUUGCUUUCGUACAAAAUCCAUGAUAAUUUUUUGAAGAGUGAGAAGACAUUACUUUGAGCAGUAUUAUUUAUAAACAUUUCGAAACAACAGUUGACGUAGACCGUUUACAAAUAGUUGACAAAUUAACCUUUUUUUAAAAUUUAAAAAUUUUUACUAAUUACCACUUAAGAUAAUCUUGAUUGCUUUUAUUUGGAAUAUGGAAGUGAGAGAUAAUGUAUCUCUUUUGAGAAAUGAGAGAUUUCAUAUCUAUAAUUGUGUCUCUUUUGAGAAACGCAAUUUCUUGCCAAAAUAUUCGUUUCUCAAAAGAGAUACUUUUUAAUUGAUUAAAACAGAUACAUUGUAAAAUAUGGAUUUGUCUUUUGAGAAUAUAUAAUGUAUCUCGUUUGAGAAGCUACGGCACGUAACGAUGCAUCAUUCUAUGAGAGAUACUGUCGCGUGUUUCUACAUUUUUUUUCUCAUCAUAUUACCUAAAAAUAUGAAUGACAAUCGGCCGAGUGUUAUAACUCUCUAUCGAGAGUCAAACACAAAUUGGAUUAACAAUAUCAAGUAUAUCUAUCGAAAAGCAACUAUUAGUGAAUCAAUGAAUACAAAAUUAUAUCUAAAGACAUUUUGGAUGGAUUAUAUCGUUAUGAUCAUUUUAGGAGCUGUUGGACUUUACGUUAAUUUUAUUCGAUCUGUGCCUAAUCGUCUAUUUCCUGUUUAUUUUCGUGCUGCUAAAAUUAUGAAUCCAGAAUUUGCCUAUCCAUUUCUUUUAAUUGCUGCUUCUUUAACAACUGAUCAUUAUCAUCAUUGGUACGACAUAUUAGUAGGAAGAAUUAUCGGGUCAAUGAUAGCAACAGGUGCUUAUAGAUUUCAAUAUGCAAGUAUUUGGGAUUAUAGAUUCAACGAUAUACCACUACCUAGAACCGGAGCUGAAUUUGGCUAUGAUUAUGGUCUCGAAGAAUUUAAUGUGAUACCAAGAUCGAGAAAAGGUGGAUGGAAUUAA